AGAAGAGGGGGGAGCGAAGGACUGACUGUGCAAGUCAAAGAAUUUUCUUAGAAGGAUUUUAAGCGAGAGAGCCGCUUCUCCUGGUUUCCAUCUGCUGCCUUUUAUGGUAAAACGGUGGAGGGGGAUUGGGUGUAGAAGUGAAGCCCGGACUGGACGAGGGCUCAGUCAGACACACUCACAACAGGAGCAGGGAGAGAGCGUGUGCGGGACACUGGGGACGCUUGAGACGGCAGCACACAGCAUCACCCGGCUCAUGGGAACAAUACACACGUCAAGGACUCAGACAGACCAGACUGAAUGGCAGAAGUAAAGAUGACCGAGCGUUAUGACUGCCACUACUGCAAGGAGUCUCUGUUUGGGCAGAAGUAUGUUCUUCGUGAGGAAAACCCUUACUGUGUGAAGUGCUACGAGAGCCUGUACUCCAACACCUGCGAGGAGUGCAAGAAAGCCAUCGGCUGCAACAGCAGGGAUCUGUCCUACAAGGACCGUCACUGGCACGAGGACUGUUUCCACUGCUUCCAGUGCAAGCGCUCACUGGUGGACAAGCCUUUCUCCACCAAAGACGAGCAGCUGCUGUGCACCGAGUGCUAUUCUAAUGAGUACUCCUCCAAAUGCCAUGAGUGCAAGAAGACCAUCAUGCCUGGCUCCAGGAAAAUGGAGCAUAAAGGAAACAGCUGGCAUGAGACCUGCUUUACUUGCCAGCGCUGCCAGCAGCCGAUCGGCACCAAGAGCUUCAUCCCCAAAGACAACCAGAACUAUUGCGUGCCCUGCUACGAAAAGCAGUUCGCCAUGCAGUGUGUUCACUGCAAGAAGCCCAUCACCACUGGCGGUGUGACGUACCAUGAGCAGCCGUGGCACAAGGACUGUUUCCUGUGCACCGGCUGUAAGCAGCAGCUCUCUGGCCAGCGCUUCACCUCUCGUGAUGACUUUGCCUACUGCCUUAACUGCUUCUGCAACUUGUAUGCCAAGAAAUGUGCUUCCUGCACCACCCCCAUCAGCGGACUCGGAGGAAGCAAGUACAUCUCCUUUGAGGAGCGCCAGUGGCACAACGACUGUUUCAACUGCAACAAGUGCUCCGUGUCUCUGGUGGGCAGAGGGUUCCUCACGGAGAGAGACCACAUCCUGUGUCCCGAGUGUGGAAAAGACAUGUGAAAGCGUGCAAGGAAAAAAUACAAGCGUGCAUGACAAAGCAUGAAACAGUGUGAGCAAUGAAUACAUUUAGGUACUCCGUGGAAACAGUAAGCAUUGAUAAAGCAGAGAUUAUAACAGUGUAUGAACAGCAAGAAGCAGAUUUUCUUUAUUUCAGGAGAGACAUUUCAGCUUGCUUUAACUUGGAGACAGAAGAAGAGAAUUGAUUCUAAAGAUUAAGCUGUAAAUGUGAGGAUAAUUACC